AUGCCGCCGAAUCAUGUCCUCAUCAUGGGAGCUGGGAUCGGUGGACCAGCUCUCGCUUUGUCACUCGCCAGGCAAGGUAUCAGAGCGACUGUCUUUGAGAUCCGUCCCAGUCCUCAACAGAGCGGUGGAUCCAUCACGCUUGCGGCGAACGCUUUGAGUGCGCUGUCGGUCUGUGGCGGUCAGGAGAUCUAUCCAAAAGUCAAAGCCUUGGGAUACGUCUAUGAGCGCAUGGGAAUGAACGACGAUUCGGGGUACUUUUACGGAACUCUUCAGGUUGGAGACGAGAAGAAGGACGGAUUUGCAGCCGUUAGGAUCAUGCGAACUGAGCUGCACAAGCUUCUACUGGAAGAGUGCAAGGCUCGAGGCGUGGAGACCCUAUUCGGGAAGAAGGCAAAAGAAAUCAAGCAGGAUUCAAAGGGAGUCAACGUGGAAUUUGAAGAUGGAACACAAGUGAACGGAGACAUUCUCAUCGGUGCAGACGGUAUUCACUCGCAAGCUCGUAAACACGUCCUACUGGAUAAAGCGCCAAUCCCAGAGUUCAGCAAGACCAUCGUUGUCAAUGGCUUUGUCCCUCGAUCAACAGUCAUCACUCCUCGACCAGACUACGAGUUUCCAGCGACGAUUAUCUCUCCUUCCGGCUUUCUCGGUGCCUUUCUAGUCGGGCCCAAAGGUGACAAGGUGGCUUGGGGAGUCAAUACAACCGUUACCGCAGACAAAGGUCGCGAGGGAUGGGAAGAGUUCAAACGUUCAGGCGAAGCUGCUCGCCUCGCUAGAGAGGAUUACGCGAAUAUCAAGACGGAACCCAUCCGAUCUCUCUUGGACAAUAUGGACGAAAAACAUGUACAGCUUUGGGUCCCAUUCCGCCUUCCCAUCUUGCCCGCAUGGUCUCGUGGAAGAGUCGGCUUGAUCGGCGAUGCUGCUCAUGCCAUGCCACCAAACGGUCAAGGCACAGCUAUGGCCUUUGAGGACGCUGCAUUCUUGGGUAGACUGCUGGGUGACGAGGAGAACUGGGCUAAAGGUCCGGAAGCGAUUUUCAAGCACUUCGAAAAGAUCAGAGCGGUUCGUUUGGACGGGGUGAGAAAAAUGUCAGCCAAGAUGGGCGAGAAUUUGAAGAAGAGGUCAGAUCCGGAGGGUUGGGGCUGGUGGCUCAAGAAAUGGGCCAUUUGGGCCUACAUCUCAGUCUGGAACCGCGGUACGAUCAAGACCAAUGGAUUCAUGGGCUUCGAUGUGGCUAAAUUGGACGCCAAGGUAUCUGCGGCCUGA